GUGGCGCCUAGGCGGCGACCAUGAAUCCGGCAGGGUCCCUGGGAAUCCUAGAGGAUGAGGAGGAGCACAUCUCCAACCCAAUGCACGGGCCCUCGGUGCACUCGGACAACCCCGAGGAGCGAAUCCAGGCCCGGCGCCUCCGCAUUGCGGCUCGUCUGGAAGCCCGGCGGCGGGAAGCACUUGGAGAAUAUUUAGAUGGGAAGAAGGAGAGCGAGGAAGACCAGAGCAAGAGCCACAAACAGAAAGAAGAAAGCAGGCUGAAACUGACAAAACUGCUGCUCUGUGGUGGGGAGCUGGUGACAAACAUCCAGGUGGCUGCGGACGUCCGGGAGACACACAGGCGUGUGGAGGAGGAGGAGCUCAAGCGGCAGAGACUCGAGAAGCUGGAGAAUGAGAUCAAGACAAGCCAGGAUAAAUUUGACGAAAUCUCCAUGAAGUGGGAAGAGGGCAAGAAGAAGCGAAUCCCCCAGGAUCUGUGGGACAUGCUCAACAACCAGCAGGUGCACUGCGCGGGCCUGAUCGAAGACAAGAACAAGCUCAUCAGUGAGCUGCAGCAGGAGCUGAAGGCCAAGGACGACCAGUACGUGAAGGAUCUGAAGAAGCAGUCGGAGGACAUUUGCUUGCUCCUGGAGCGCAUGGAGGAGCAGGUGAAGACGGUGAUGAAGGCCUUCCGGCAGGAGCUGAAUCAAAUAGAGAAAGCAUUUGAGGUGGAACGCCAGGAGCUCCUGGUCAGCAACAAGAAGAAAUGGGAGCGGUCACUGCAAGCCCACAACACCAAAGAGCUGGAGUAUCUGAUGAACCGCAUCAAGAAGGUCGAGGACUACGAGAAGCAGCUGAACAAGCAGCGCAUCUGGGACUGGGAGGAGUACAAUACCAUCAAGAUCAAGCUGGAGCAGGACGUGCAGAUUCUAGAGCAGCAGCUGCAGCAGAUGAAAGCCACCUACCAGCUCAACCAGGAGAAGCUCGAGUACAACUACCAGGUGCUGAAGAAGCGAGACGAAGAAAGCACAGUGAUUAAGUCCCAGCAGAAGCGGAAGCUCAAUCGCCUCCACGACCUGCUGAACAACCUGAGGGGCAGAUACACCCGACAGAUGAAGCAGUUCCAGGAGGAGAACCAGUCACUCACCUCAGACUACAAGCGCCUGGUGAAACAGUUCAAGGAGCUGCAGAAGGCCAUGAGGCACUUCGCUUACACCGAUGACAGGAAGUUCCGAGAGAUCUGGCUGAUGAAUGAGGAGGAGGCCAAGGAGCUGAUCAACAGAGCCUUUGAUGUAAACAAGAUCAUCCACACCCACCAUCUGGGACUCUCCUGGAACCCCCCCGACUACUGGUUCCUCUACAACGUGGGGCCUGUCUCGCAGCAGAAGCAGAAGUCGGCCACGCAGAUCAUGGAAGAAGUGCUUCUGCAACUGGAAGACGACAAUGCAGAGGAGGGCACCUCAGAAUCAGAGUCUUACCUGGAGUUACCGUUGCAUAUUUCCCCAAAGACCACCAAGAGGAUCCUGAUGCUUCUGUGUGAUGAGUCGGGUUUCCUGAUCGAGAGCAAGUUGCUGAGCCUCUUGAUGCCACUGGAGAAGAGCGAGUGCUACCUGCUGCGGCUGGACUCUGUCUUCUCUGCCCUUGGAAUUGAAAGUGAAGAUGACCUGUAUAAACUGGUGAACUUUUUCCUCAGAUACCGGGUUUACCAGCUACCCUCCAGCCAGGACCAGAUAAAACAGCUGUUACCAGUGGAGUCCUUGGAGCUGAAUGCUGAGGAGCAGCUGGAAAGCUUGAAGGAGGAGGAGGAGGAGGAAGAGGAGGAAGAAGAGGAGGAAGAGAUGGAAGAGAAGGAAGAGGAGGGGAAAGGGGAGGAGGAAGCAGCAGUGGCUGGGGAGAUGGAGGUCCUUGAGUCUCCCUGGCUCAUCCACCCCAAUGAUGUCCUCAAGAUUCUGGAGGCCUUCGUCAUGGGCUUGAAGAAGACCAGGGACCCUCACAUGACAGUGGUUGUGCAGAAGGAGGCCAGGGACACUGUGAAGGACUCCGAGUACUGGAGGGCACUGGCCUCGGUCAUCCAGCCCGGUACACUGAACCUCUGGGAUGCCCUGUCCACGGCCUUGGAGAAAUACCACCUGGUGCUGAGUGAGCGGGCACGACUGCUGCGGGUCAACCAGGGCCUGGAGCAGCAGAACUCAGAGCUGCAGGCGCUGCUGCAACAGUACUUGGGCUCCAAGAUCAACACGGAACUGCAGAUUCCUCCCACUCAGGUGUUCCGGGCGUCCAUAAAAUAGAACCUGACCUCAGAGGCUGCUGUGCUGGGGUGGGGAUGGGGGUGGGGGGAAUGCCUGCUAGGCAUGGAGUCGGGGAGCCCCAGGCCUCAUUCUGGAUUUUUCUGAGCCGUCUCCAAGAGAACCUUUCACCUUUCAACAAAAGGGCUUCCCCACAUCUUGAGUCACGAUUAAAAUCCUUUAGAAGUUG